AUGGGGAAGUAUGCUUUGCUGUUCCCUCGUCUUGUGAACAAUGCACAGCUAAGGAUAACACAAACCGCCAAAGUUUGUCCAAGGCAGCUGCUGGAUGCAGCGCUGCUGGCACCUCCCCUCCCUUCUCUUGCGGCCUCUGGUUCUUCUCCCUUGCCCGACACACAGGAGGCGCCGCCCCCUUCCAUGAAGGCAGACUCCUGCUUAUCCGCAGCUGCCCAAUGGCGCCCUAUUUUCCCUCAGACUUUCCCCUCCAACGCACACCUGCACGAAGGAGCAGCGAAGGAGAGCCGCGUCUCCGAACAUCAACAUGCAAAAGCAGAACGGACGUGGGAAAUACUGGAAAUGCAUGCAGUUGCGGCAUUGCCUAGCCUGAGCCCAGCGGGGAUCCUCCAGUUUCUGUUUCUAGCCUUAAGGGCGAAUUUUCAUCCCAAACACUUCCUUGCAGAGCUACGACGCUUUGCGCUUGAUGGUGAGCCUGCGGCUCCCCCCGUCGAUACCUUUUGGUUGUUAUGGACGGCUAACGACUUGGCACUCUUCUGCAAAUUGUUAGCAGAGUCGCUGCAGGAAGCCGACGUGAAUGAUUGCGUGCGGGCCUUCUUCGCUGCCUCCGGCAUCUACGCUGAGUUGGCUAAAGAUGCGGUGUCCCUCUCACCACCAGGGUCCAGUGGGGCAGCAACCCCUCAGCAUAGUGCAGUUUCUGCUGCUCUAGAGCCGUUCCGUCUCUUGACAGAGCACUUGAGUGUCGUCACCGGUGGCGUUCGCCUGCUACAGUCCUUAAGGAAGGGGCCCGGGGGAGUGUCUCUGCAGGAAGCUGUUGCUGCUGCUGUGGACGCUGCAGCGGCAACCGAGUUCACUACAGCAGCAAGCAGUGUGCCUCUGCCGAAUUGCAGCGCUGCAAAUGACACUAGGCCGAUGACGGACAAGCCCUUCAGCCCACUAGUUUAUCCCCAGCAGGCUAUCAAAGUUGCAGUUCUCAAGAGUCCUCUCUUUGCUGUCCGUUCAAGGAGAGGCAAAGGCAGCCAGACACUCAACUGUGAUCAGAAGCCUGCAGGCUCGUGUUCAGCCUCCGCCGCAGAUACGUUAGAAGAGGCCUUGAAGGAGACGCUCUUAGCCUUUAUCUCCAGUCUGUGUUCGUAA